AUGCUCUUCGAUCCCGAUUUCUGGGAUCGCCGCCUCGCUGGCCGGGGCUUGGCGCCAUUGCCUCGAUCAGCCGACUCGAAGGGCAAACAACCUCUCGAAAGGACCUCUGCGAAAUCGCGAAUCAUCAUUCCUCUCGCCUCGAAGCCAGCCGACUAUGUCCCGGGCAGCGGGCCGCCGUUGCAACCGAUAUCGCUGCUUCUUCCCGGCGACUCUACCGCCUACAUCACCGAACGCCUCCUGCUUCCCUCGCCUGGACUUGCGCCUAAUGGACGGCCUUUGCCGAAACGGAUGAUGUACCUCAUCGGGUGGCGCGACCUUCCGGCUGCGAGUAAGCUCGUUCCGGCCAUGCAGAUCCUGGACUACGUCUCCCCGCGAACCCUCGAGGACUUUGAAGCACGGCUGGAGCAGGAGUUGGACGACGAAAGGGAGAAAUUGGAAGCCGAGCUCAAGUCAGACCUAGCUGCACCGCAAAAGAUCAAGAAGAAGAGGGGACGGCCGCCAGCGCACAGCCAGAUAGAAGCUGCAGUUGUCGCUGAGCCGGAGACCGUCGCCCAGGCAAAGUCACGGCAUAAGAAGGGCGCCAUGAGUCUCUCGACGCCCAAGAAGGCAAGGUUGGAGGAAUUCGAGUGGUUGGAAGACGAAGAAGGAAGCCCAUCGCGACAGAUUGCUCAGGAGGAGUUUCAGAGCUUACAUGGCUACUUACCCAUGGAGUAUGAAAUGUCUGAAGACACGGAAAGCCCCCUGCCUAACGAGCCACCGGAAGUCAUGCGAAACGAUUCGCGAAUAGAAACUGUGCCUAUGAAAAUGAAGCAGCCGCAAGCACCACCUAAACCAACAUCGUCGAUACGGCCCGGGACACCACCCGGAUUGAUUAACGGAGCACACGCGUCGUUCGAAACGCAGAGCUCACAGACACCUGAACCAAACGUCAAACAGAACAGUCCAAUCCAGCAAUGGCUGGGACUAUCGUCAUUUAUACCAGCGGGGCAGAGCACGAUACCGAAUCCCCCAGGGGUGAUGGCCAGUGAAGAGAGCACGGCAGUAGUUGAAAGCAAUCCAGCAGCAGCCAAACCAAAGACAUCGAGAAAAAGGCCCAAGCCCGAAGGCGAUGUACCAAAGCCCGAGCCUCAAGGGGAAAACGACUGGGUCGUGGAGAGGAUUGAAGAUGUCGAGUAUUACGAGGUGGAUGGCCGUGGCAUCGUGAGAUACUUCAAGGUCAGUUGGGAGGGCGAUUGGCCGCCAGACCAAAAGAGGACGUGGGAGCCUGAAGAAAACAUCCCGGCGAACCUUGUGCGCAACUUUUUCAAGAUAUCCAAAAACAAACGGAAAACAUUAGCUGAGUCGGGCAAUUCCACCAAGAGGCAGAGCAAACCCAAACAAACUGGCCCCAAGAACGGCAUAUCCAAACAGAGCUCCCACAAACAGGGGUCAUUGAAACAAUCGACACUGGCGUGGCCCGGAAUCCGCAGAAAAUAUAGCAGCGUUAGUGAGGCUUUUGCGGGGGACCCAGACAGUCUCGAGGUGAUGGACGAGGCCUAUGACGGCGAGGAAGACGAGCUCGCCGGAGACGGGCGGGACGAAUUCUUUGUCGUCACAGAAGGGGGCGAGAAUGAACGGCAGAGCCGGAGUAUCUGGCCUGCUGUUAACACGGUCUCGACUGCACUUGGCGUAUUUCGGGGGUUUCCAUGA